UCUAGUGAGUGGCUGGGAGGAUUCCACAGCUGGAAACGUGUCCUGCCAGACUGCGGAAGUGCUCAGUGCCCCAGCAGGCAUGAGCCUGAAAACCGUGCUCGUCCUCCUUGGUCUGGCGUUAGCCACGAUCUUCGCCUUGGUCUGCGUGUUGCUGACCAGAGAAAGGACCCCCAGAAGCUGCCAGCACCUGCCCCCAGAGCAGGAGGACACUGAGGAUGGCCAGAGCCUGGUGUUUGCUGACCUGACACCUGAGGAGAUGUCCCAGGUGGUGGGGUACCUGCAGGGACACCUCGGGGUGCCGCUGGUGGACGCCUCCCGUGCCAAACCCUCGGACAACUGCAUCGCCUCCGUGGAUCUGCAGGUCCCCGGCAAGGCAGAGGUGCUGCGGUUCCUGGAUGGCGGCGGGGCUCGUCCCCCCCGGGAGGCUCUGGCUGUGCUGUACUUUGGGAAGCAGCCAGAGCCCAACAUCACCGAGUACGUGGUGGGGCCGCUGCCGAGGCCAGCGUACCACCGAGACGUGACGGUGCAGAAGUACGGGGGGAAGGUGCCCUACCACCGCAGACCCGUCACUGGCAAGGAGUACACGGAUAUCAACGCCCUCAUUCAGAGGGAGCUGAAAAAGGCACCGCGCUUCCUCGCUGCAUGCUGCGAGUCUGACGGGACCAACCUGGUCACCCUCACCACAGCCCCGCGGGGCUUCAAGUCCGGUGACCGCGUGACCUGGUUUGUCCUUUUCCACAAUGUGGCUGGCACCGGCUACUACCUGUCCCCAGUGGGGCUGGAGGUGCUGGUGGACCACGGGGACCUCCACGUCUCCCGGUGGCAGCUGCGCAAAGUCUUCUACAGUGGCCGGUACUUUGCCGGCACAGGGGAUCUGGAACGAGAGUUUGUGGCCGGUGUGCUGGAGGUUGUCAGACUCAAGCAGCCGCGGGCUGAUGCAGUGCUGGGCUCAAUGAAGCCCCGGCGCCCGCCCGGGUCCCCGGGCCCGCUGCAGUUUGAGCCGCAGGGUCCCCGCUACAGCGUCAGGAACAACCGCAUCACCUUCCAGGACUGGAGCAUCGCCUUCGGCAUGAGCCCCAACACUGGCCCGCGCCUCUUUGACAUCAGGUACCGUGGGGAGAGGAUUGUCUAUGAGCUGAGUCUCCAGGAAGCCUUAGCCCUGUACAGCUCCAACUGCCCUGGGGGCAUGUCCACCCGCUACCUGGAUGGCAGCUUUGGCAUCGGCAGGUUUGCCUAUGAGCUGCUCCAGGGCCUGGACUGCCCCUACACAGCGACCUACGUGGACCGGCACUACCUGGCAGAGACAGAUACUCCCAAAACCAACCAAAACUCACUCUGCAUUUUUGAGCAUGACUCUGCCCUCCCUCUGAGGCGCCACUUCUCCGACUCACAGUCCUUCUACUACGGCGGGCUGCGGAAAAACACGCUGGUCAUCCGUACCAUCUCCACGCUCAUUAACUAUGACUACGUCUGGGACUUCAUGUUCCAUGCCAGCGGGGCCGUGGAGGUCCGGGUGCACGCCACUGGCUACAUCAGCUCCUCCUUCUUCCACGGCCGAGGCACUGACUAUGGCAACAGGGUUGGGCCCCACACGCUGGGGACGAUGCACCUCCACCACAUCCACUACAAGGUGGACCUGGAUGUUGACGGGCAGCUGAACUCCCUGGAGACCCAGGAUAUGGAGUACGAGUUUGUCAAAGAUCCCUGGAGCACACAGAAUACCAUUGAGCGGCCAUACCUCCGCAGGGAAAGGCUGGAGAAGGAGGAUGAGGCAGCAUUCCCACUCAAUGUCCCCAUGCCCCGCUACCUCUCCUUUGUCAGCCCCAAUCCCAACAAGUGGGAGCACCCACGCAGCUACCGGAUCCAGAUCAUCAGCUUUGCUGGGAAGCACCUGCCCACCAACAGCUCCAUGGAGCGCUCCGUCAGCUGGGGCAGGUACCAGCUGGCUGUCACCCGGCGGAAGGAGGAGGAGCCCACCAGCACCAGCAUCUACAACCAGAAUGACCCCUGGACGCCCACUGUGGCCUUUGCUGACUUCAUCAACAAUGAGACCAUCACCAACGAGGACUUGGUUGCCUGGAUCACUGUGGGGUUCCUGCAUGUCCCUCAUGCUGAAGACAUCCCCAACACAGUGACUGUGGGGAAUGGUGUCGGCUUUUUCCUGAGGCCCUACAACUACUUCAACGAGGACCCCUCGGUGGAUUCACCUGACAGUGUCUACUUCAGCAGUGAGCAGGAUGUGGGGACAUGUGGGGCCAAUCCUCUUGCCUGCCUGUCCUCUGCUGCCACCUGUGCCCCCCGCCUGCCCCCCUUCCACUUUGGGGGCUUCCUCAACCUCAGCCUGGCACCGCCUCUUGGCGGGCUCUGAUGGGCCAGGGGCUGCUGCUGGCUCUCGGGGGGGUGCUCAGAGGGGCUCUGUCCCACAGCAGGACCUGCCCUCCCCCUGCCCAGGCUGUCCUGUGCUCAGGGUCAGGUUUUGGGAGAAGCUCAGUUCUUGUUUCAGCACUGCCAAAGGAGGACCCAAAGCCUCUGGAAGACAGCCCCUGGGAGUGAUUUUUAAAUUUCAUCCUGGAUGUCACCCUGAGUACUGUGGGGUGCCCACAGCUGCUCCCCUCCUCUGGGAUGGGGCAUCCACCACCUGCCCAUCAUCGGUGCACACAGGGUGACAGUGCUGGCCAAGGCUGCCCACAGCACAAAGCUGCAGCUGCCCUUGGAGCUGUGCUCCACCCGAGGUUUUGCCCACAGUGGCAGGACUGAGUGCUGUGGUGUAGUUGUGGAACAGCCUGUAGUUGCAGGAUGCCCCAAACGCCCUCCCCAGCCGCGCAGCCAUUGCAGCAUCAAGGCCACUGGGCCCAGGCACCGCCAAGCCCUGGCUGCUGCUGCAGGGCCAGCUCUGCAGAGGGAGGGCACGGGGGCUGCCUGGGCACGCAGGUUCCCAUUGCACUGGGCUCGCUGGGAGGCUGCUGGAGGAGCCCACGGCUGGGCCUCCGGAUGGGCACUCCCCGGGCUGGGCUGCCCCGUGUCUGCCCUUCCCAAUAAACAGGCACUCGUGUGCUUUUCCUGAACAAACUCACGGGUGCUGCUCUGUCUCCUGUGGCUGGGGCUGGUGCCCAGCACGGCUGAAGCUCUGUUAGGGAUGGCCCUGGCUCAGCUCUGCGGGGCUCCAAGGGCUGUGGGGCCACCCCAGUGCCCGGCACAGUGCCCAGCACAGCUAUGUGAAUUGUCCUGGCGAUGCUCCUGGACCCCGGUGCUGGCAAGAGGCUCCAGCCAGGGAAUAUGGAGCAAACAAGGGAGUUAAUGUUUAACAGUUGUUCUGAGCUGUGUUAAUCAGUUCUGGGCUUGGCUGCUGCCCAGCCUGCUCAGCCCCCCUGUGUGGGGACCCUUGAUUCUACUCCCCUAGCUGCAUGUGCAGCUCUGGGCUGCAGGAUCCCACAGCCCACAGAGCCCUCCCCACCGUGCCAGGCUGGCAUGGGGACACCAAGAAGCUUGGUGAGGCCAGUGCCAGCCCUGGCCCAUGGCUGCAUAUGCUAAACACUCACCAAAGUGUCCCUGGGGGCAUGGUGGGUAUCCAUCCCCCCUGACCCCUUGCUGUAGUGGAUGGGUCUGUCCAGAACAUGCUGUGAAGGGCUUGAGCAGCCCUAAUGGCUGUGGCAUGUGCCCUGGGAGCCAGCUCAACUUGCUGCAGCACACAGGACAGGUGAUGGGAGGAGAGGGCAGCUCAGGCCACGGCUCAGUGUGAGGUUGCAGUGGUCCCUGGGGUGACAGCAGGGGCUGUGCCCAAAGGAGGAAGGUCGUGUCCAGCCAGCUCCCUGCCUACUGUGUGCCCACAUGUGCAGUGCUGCCCAGACUCUGCUCUGACGCAGUGACCACGCUGCCACAGCCCAGCCUGGACCUUGCAGCUGUCAGGGAACAUUCUGGACCAAACACGGGCACUCCACGUGGCACGUUACAGCCCCCACUGGCCAGAGCUGCAUCCAGAACCUUGGGAAUCACGGGCACACCGUGUCCCAGGGCCAGCUGCUGCCACUGCAGUCACACAGCUCCGGGGCUGCCAGCUGCUCCUGGGCCUGCUGUGCACAGACCCAGGGCAGAAAUUGGGUUCCCCCAGGCUGGCCCCACUCCUUCCCUGGGAAGGCCAGCCAGCCCGUUUGCAGUGCACAUCCCCAGCGGUGCUGCUGGCAGGGCUCACGGUGCAGGGGACGAGUGGGACCCUGAGCAAUUGUCAGACCAGCCAGAACACAGAACCCUGCAUGCCCAGGCAGCUCCUGCUGCCCUGCCCUGCCCCACGUCCACACAGUGACUCUGGGGCUGGGGAUUUAUCCACAGGGCAGCGCAUGGAGCAGCACUGGGACCGUGUGGACCCUGGCACCUCCGGCACAGUCCUGACCUCUGACACUGCCCAAACACACUGGGGUACUGGGCUGAGCCACUCUGUCCUCUGUGCUGGGAGGGAGGAGGUGACUGCUUCCAUCCUGCUUCCUCCCCUCUCCCCAUUAUGGCCCGUUUUCCCACAGUGACUUUUUCCUAGGGGACUGGAGUGCUAGUCCCCGUCACCAACACUUUUUGCCCCAGUUUCCGCUGUGAAAUCUCCUAUGAAGGAUUUAUUGCUGAUCAUUUCAAAAUAUUUUUGGAACAGAAGCCAAGUCUGUUGCAUUCCUUCACGCCGGCCAAAGCCACUCUCAGUUGAAGACCCUGGAAUGAGCUGUUGGAGAAUUUGUUUUGCAGGAGUAAUUCUUUUUCUGUGCAAACUUCUGUUUUGUUGGAAUGUUUUGCAGGUCAGGAGCUCAGUCCAGGGUCUGGGACCACCUUCCUUGAGUGCAGCACGGCCAGGCUGGAUAGGACAUGCCUGCAGCAGGGCUGAGUCUGUGGCCUUUGCCUGCUUUCCUCCCAGGCCAUCCAUGCCCAUAUCCCAGGGAGCAAGGUUUGCUGGUGUUUUGCCUGUCAGACCCCGUGGCUCCCUGGGCUCUGCAUGGGCAGAGGGGCAGGAUGGGGCCUGUAACUCCUGCUGUUUGUCAGCAGGACUCAGCACUGGGCACAGCUCUCACAGAGACAAACAGCAUAGGGC